AUGGCCGACUCUAUUACACAUAGCGAAUCCGUAAUCGACAUCGGAGGCAGCAAGACCAAGAGAAGACUCCAGCGCAGCAUCGCCGCAAAAAUCAUCGGUUUUGACUCCGAAGGCCGACAUUUCCUGCCGGAUAUCUUCUUCUCGGACGAUGACGGGCUGCAGAUCUGGCGGGACAUAAAUCGUCUGCCGGACUAUUACCAGACACGGGAUGAGAUCGAGACCCUGGAGAAGUACGGGGCAGAGCUAGAAAGCUUUAUUCCCAACAAGUGCACCAUUCUUGACCUGGGCUGUGGAGAUGUGAGAAAGACUAAACCGCUUCUCGAUCGACUCGAGACAAGCGGCAAGGAUAUUUUUUACUUCGGCCUAGAUUUAUCAUUGAAGGCUGUACAAGGAAAUAUAGACGGCCUUCGCGCCACGCAUAAGAACAUCCAGUGCACAGGGCUCUGGGGCACUUUCGAGGACGGCCUGGAGUGGGCCAAGGGCAUCGAGGGCCCGAUGCUGUAUCUCUCUCUCGGCUCCAUCUUCGCCAACGAUAGGCUUCCCCGCGCGAUCCGGUACCUACAGCCGUGGCACGACGCCCUGCGGCCCGACGACCUGAUGCUCAUUGGGGUCGAUUGCCUGCAGGACCCCGAGCUCGUGUGGAAGUCGUACCACGACACGGCCGGCGUCUUUGAGCGAUUCAUCCGCAACGCGUUCGCUUAUUCCAACCGCGUUGUCGGCGUGGAGUGGUUCCGGGACGAAGACUGGGAUAUCCGAGGUGAGCUCGAGCUGAAUCCUGUCGCUCACCACUUCGUCCUGCGUGCUGUCCGCGACGUAGAUGGAGGAGAGAGUGGCAUAUCUUUCAAGAAAGACGAUGAAAUCACGUGCUACGGGGGUUACAAACAGACUCCCUCCCUAGUGAGACAGCAGUUUCAGGCGGUAUCCUUGACUGAAAUAGCAUGCUGGCCAUCGCCUUCCGGCAAGAUCUGUGAGUGUUCCAGGCCUCUCACGCGAUUAUGGUAUCUACUGUCAUUUUCUAAUGGGCGUAAUUAGAUGAUU